AUGUGCUCCCAGAUCUGGUUCCUCACGGACCGGCGCAUCCGCGAGGACUACCCGCAGGUGCAGAUCCUGCGCGCCCUCCGGCAGCGCUGCUCCGAGCAGGACGUGCGCUUCCGGGCGGUGUUCAUGGACCAGAUCGCCGUCACCGUCAUCGGUGGCCACCUCGGCCUGCAGCUGAACCAGAAGGCCCUCACCACCUUUCCAGAUGUGGUGGUUGUGCGAGUGUCCACCCCCUCUAUACAGUCAGACAGCGACAUCACCGUCCUGAGACACCUAGAAAAGCUGGGCUGCCGCUUGGUCAACCGCUCUCAGAGCAUCUUAAACUGCAUCAAUAAGUUCUGGACAUUUCAAGAGCUGGCUGGACAUGGGGUCCCCAUGCCAGACACUUUCUCCUAUGGAAAAGCUGUUUUUCUAGCAAGAGAUAAACAUCACCUCUCAGACAUCUGCCAUCUGGUCCGCCAUGAUGUGCCCUACCUGUUCCAGAAGUAUGUGAAGGAAUCCCAUGGGAAGGACAUCCGGGUGGUGGUGGUAGGGGGCCAAGUGAUAGGCUCCAUGCUGCGCUGCUCCACAGACGGACGGAUGCAGAGCAACUGCUCUCUCGGUGGUGUGGGUGUCAAGUGCCCACUGACAGAACAAGGCAAGCAGUUGGCUAUUCAGGUAUCCAAUAUCCUGGGCAUGGACUUCUGUGGCAUUGAUCUUCUCAUUAUGGAAGAUGGGUCCUUCGUGGUGUGUGAGGCAAAUGCCAAUGUUGGCUUUCUAGCUUUUGACCAGGCAUGCAACUUAGACGUGGGUGGAAUCAUUGCUGACUAUACUAUGUCCUUACUGCCAAAUAGGCAGACUGGGAAGAUGGCUGUCCUCCCAGGCCUGUCGAGUCCCAGGGAGAAGAAUGAGCCAGAUGACUGUGCUUCAGCUCAGGGAGUUGCAGGCAGCGUCUACACCAUCAACAAUGGGUCUACCUCCAGUGAGAGUGAGCCUGAACUGGGAGAGGUCCGGGAUUCCUCCACAAACACAAUGGGGGUUCCGCCCCCCCAUGCUGCCCGAGCCUGGCUACAACAUUAA